AUGGUUUACGUCAUUUUGAUUGUCACUGUGGUAUCACUAUGCAUAUUCUAUAUCGUUCAAAAGCUAAGUCGUCCGACGGGGAAAUCACCACCAGGACCGAAGAGCUGGCCCAUCAUUGGGAUACUUUUUGAGUUUGACCUGCCAACUUUACAUUUAAAACUCUACGAUUGGACUGAAAAUUAUGGAGACAUUUUUCAGUUCGAAUUGCUGGGCAAGAAAUUCGUCAGUUUGAAUUCCUCAGACCUUCUGAGAGAGACAUUUAACAAAGAACCAAAUGCGACAAUUACCGCCGCUCGAGCACCAACAUUUUUCGGAGAGUAUCAACUUGAUAAUUAUUCUGAUCUUGCAUUUUCAUCUCCGGAUCCAACUUGGACCAAACGCAGGAAACUUACUUAUCAAUUGAUACGCUCAUACGGAGAUGGAUUAUCGUGCAUUGAGUCCCAGAUCAAACAGAGCCUCCGAUCCAUCACGAAAGAUAUUCGAUCUUUGGACAGAAAAAAUGUGGACCCCAGUAGCAUUGUGGAAGAGUUCAUACUUAAUACAGUUGAAGUUCUGACCAUUGGACGAAGUUCUGGUGGAAAGGGGGAGCUGCAAAAGAUCUUCAGGAAACUUGACCACCUUAUCAAUACAACAGUCAACCCCGGAUAUGACACUUUGUAUGGGUUCUUACCGUUUCUACGAUUUCUUCCCCUUCCCAUCUCCUUAGAGAUAAAUGAGCUUCACAGGACCAAAAAACACAUGAUGGACCACCUUGAAGCUUUGUCGAAAGAGGAAACCGUGGAAAAAGGAAUCUUUCACACCCUAAAAGACGUUAUGGAUGAAAGGGAUGAACACGGCAAUCAGUGGUUUACAAAAGAAAACGCCACGGCUCUCCUAAUGAAUCUAGUCGCUGCAGCUUACUUGACAACACGAGGAACAAUAAUGGCCUUGAUACAAAUUCUUGCUAAAAGACCAGAGCUUCAGAAAGCUUUACAAAAAGAAGUGGACGAUGUGAUAGGAUCUGACAGAGAACCUUGCCUCUCUGACAGAGAGAAAUGUCCGCUUGCCGAGGCUGUGGUCAUAGAAACUCUACGCUACAUUUCACAUGUUCCUUUGGCCAUCUUCCAUGCGACCUCAAAAGAAACCACAAUAGCUGGUUACACUAUAGAGAAGAACACAGUAAUUGUACCAAACGUGUGGACAAUUCAUCUCAGCCAAAAAGAGUGGGAAGAACCAUUUACUUUUAAACCAGAACGCUUUUUAGACGCUGAUGGCCUUUUAUUGCCUGCCAAUGACCCCGUCAGGAAAAAGGUGUUUGCUUUCGGAUCAGGGAAAAGAAACUGUAUCGGCGAAGUGUUUGCAAAAUCACGCAUAUUUCUAUUUCUGUCGACUUUAAUGCAGCAGACAAUGAUUUUCGAACCCGAUGGAAAAUCUUUACCGGAUCUUCUACCGAGACGCAUGAUUCCUGGCAUCGUUCUACAGCCGCAGCCCUAUGAAGUUCGUUUUGGUAGUUACCUGACAACACGAGGGACAGUGAUGUCUAUGAUACAAAUCCUUGCUAAAAGACCAGAACUUCAGAAAGCCUUACAAAGAGAAGUGGAUGAUGUGAUAGGAUUUGACAGAGAACCUUGCCUCUCUGACAGGCAUAAAUGCCCGCUUACCGAUGCCGUCAUUCUAGAAACACUUCGUUACAUUUCACACCUUCCACUGUCCGUCUUUCAUGUAACGUCCCAGGAAACCACAAUCGCUGGUUACACUAUAGAGAAGAAUACAAUAAUCAUACCAAACGUGUGGACAAUGCAUCUUAGCGAGAAAGAGUGGGAUGAACCAUUUACUUUUAAGCCGGAGCGCUUCUUAGACGCGGAUGGAUUUUUAUUGCCAGCCAAUGGUCCCAUCAGGAAAAAGUUUCUUGCUUUUGGAACAGGGAAGAGAAAUUGUAUUGGUGAAGUGUAUGCGAAAUCGCGCAUAUUUCUAUUUCUGUCAACUUUAAUGCAACAGACAACGAUUUUCGAGCCCGAUGGAAAAUCGUUACCGGAUCUUCGACAGAGAGAAAUGCUUCCUGGUAUCGUUUUACAGCCUCAGCCGUACGAAGUUCGUUUUGUUCUCCGACAAAAGUAACAUUUUCCACAAUCAGCAUAUAAUAAGAAAUUUCAUACCAUAACGUAUUGAAUGAAUUGAAGAAACAUGGAUAUGUCUAUAUAUAAGAAAAGGAAGUGAUAUAACUAAAAUAAAUAAAUAAUUGAGUGCAUUCUAACAAGUAGAAAAGGUUACAUAUGGUAAUGAAUAAGAAAAUGAUGAUUUGGGUAAAGUGGAUAAUCAUUACAAAAAUCUGAUGUUUUUCCCCUCGCUCAAUCGACUGAAACUACUUUACUUGAGACCACCUUUACACUGAUCCUUAUACAGUCUCAAAGCCUUUUGAUAAACAGAUAUUUAAAAAACUGAAUAUGUUACAAUUUAUAUGCAAAUACUUUAGCAAAUGGAAUGGAAUAAACAGUGCCUUUCUAGAAUUUGCACGAAUGUAUACAUGUGCACGAUAUUUUUGAGAGAAAGGCGAAAAUUUA